AUGGCGAUCCGAAACCCUAACGCCGCGCUCGACCGAAUGCCAGCGGAGCUCCUUCGGAUCACUGCGGAGGGCAUGGACCACCAGACUCUAGAGACCGUCACUCUUGUCUGCAAGAAACUCAGAGAGAUCUUUCUUCAUAAGCUUUCUAUCAGAAUCGCCUUUCCUGGGAAUGUCUCCCAGAUCACCUCAAGACUGACUCUCCUCCUGGAGGAGAAUCCCCGAUCUCCAACUGGACCGUUUUACGAAUUCGUCAAGCAUGUGUACUUCGAUUUACAGACUUCCCAGCGGAUUAAGCCGUCUUCCGAAGUCGCUCGGCUCAUGGGCGACCUUUGUUGCAAGGCAGUCAACCUGAAGAAGGUCACGGUAUCUCGUUACGAAAUCUACAAGGUCCUAGAGACCCAAGCUCCCCAGCUCAAUCGACUUGCCAUCAUGGGCUUUCGAGGUAUGCCAGUGUACGAGAUGAAUCACAGAAUGACAACAAGGAUCUUGGAUGAUAUUCGCGAGAACUUCCCGCAACUUGAGCACUUGAUUCUUGGCGAGUUUCUCAACCCUAAGUUUUCCUGGGGUCAGCACCGAUUUGUGACCCCGUCCGAUGCGACGGAUCUGAGAGCCAUGAUCUCGAAGGCCAUUAUGAACCUGAAGUCCAUGCCAAAACUGACCCAUUUUGCAUUUGUGCUUUCCGCUGACACCAUCGGGUACGGUCUAAAUGCCGAUUGGGCGCGAGACGCAUUCCCGAAUCGAAAGAAGGAAUGGUAUAUGGAGUUCGUAACCAAAAUUCUCCAAGUCCUGCCUAGGCUUCAGCAGCUUUGUGUCAGAGUUGAGCCCUCUGUCUACACUCGAGGCAUCAGAACACCGGGGAACGCCAGCACCGCGGUCACCUGGGUGACUGACCAGGUUGAAGCCGCCGACGAAUUCGACAACUUUUUUGUUUAA